AUGGCCGAGCCCCUCAACGUCCGCCGUGUGCUGUGGAAGAACCUCGUCAUCAACAGGCUCCACAUGCUGCUCAAUGCCGCAGCCAUCCUUGCCGUGUUCUACUACAGAGCCACCACCCUCCGGCGCAUUAUCCGCACCAGAGAGACCCCCGUCGUGCCCUACCUGGUCGUCAUCCUUUCAGAAGCUGUCCUCACGUUCCUCUGGAUCCUGCACCAGGCCUUCAGGUGGAUUCCGGUGAAUCGGACAGUCUACCCGGAGAGGCUGCCGGAGGACGACAAUCUCUCGCCCGUCGACGUGUUUGUUUGCACGGCAGAUCCCAUCAAGGAGCCGUCCCUGGUGGUGAUGAACACUGUGAUUUCGGCUAUGUCGCUCGAUUACCCGCCGGAUAAGCUUGCCGUCUAUCUCCACGACGACGGGGGCUCUCAUGUGACCCUGCUCGCCGUGCGCGAGGCCUGGAAAUUCGCAACCUGGUGGAUUCCUUUCUGCAGGAAAUACGAGCUUAGCUCCAGGUGCCCACAGCUUUACUUUGAAGGCAGGGAAAGUGCCGACGAGAAGUUCAUUGGGACCAGUGAGUUUGUGGCCGACAGGAAGAUCGUCGAGAAAAAGUACGGAGAAUUCCAGGAUGCAAUUGAGAAGAAUUCAGUCGACGCGCCGGGUUCUGUUAGCCGAGAUCAUUCGCCCACCAUCGAGGUGAUGACAGAGGGCUCCAUUCAGGAGAUGCCUCUUCUGGUGUACGUCUCACGGGAGAAAAGGCCUGGCCAUCCACACCAUUUCAAAGGAGGAGCACUCAAUACUCUUCUCCGAGUAUCUGCAUUGAUCAGUAAUGCUCCAUACUUCUUGGUGUUGGACUGUGACAUGUACUGUGAGGACCCAUCAUCUGCUCGCCAAGCCAUGUGCUUCUAUCUUGACCCCAAAAUCUCUCAUGAAAUAGCUUGGGUUCAGUUCCCACAGAAAUUCCGCAACACGAGCAAGCAUGACAUCUAUGAUGGUCGGCUGUACUCCUUUUUGAGGGAAGGUCGAGGCUUAGAUGGAGUUAGAGGGCCUACCAUCUAUGGUUGCAAUUUUUUCAUGACCAGGGAAGCAAUCUAUGGAUUUCACAGAAAUCUAAAGGAUAUUGAUAUCAACCAAAUGAAGGACUCAUUCGGCGCAAGCAACGAGUUCAUCAAAUCAAUUAACCGAAAUUACAGCCCGCAGUUGCCGGAGCAUAGAAAGCCCUCUGAAGCGCUGGAAAAGGAGUUGCGGUUGGUGGCUACUUGUACUUAUGACAAUGACACGAAAUGGGGUGUUGGUUACACGUAUUUCAGUGUAGUGGAGGACGCUAUUACUAGCCUCGAGUUACAUUGCAAGGGCUGGAUUUCAGUGUUGCUCGACCCUGUCCGACCAUGCUUCUUGGGCUCAUGCACGACCAAGUUGAACGACAUGUUGGUUCAGCAGACUCGUUGGUCUUUUGGGCUGAUGCAGAUUGGGCUGUCGAGAUACACCCCUCUCAUAUAUGGCCCACUCAGAAUGUCAGUUCUUCAGAGAAUGGGUUAUGGUGCGCUUAUAUUCGACUGUCUCUACACCGUCCCCUUUUAUGGUUUAGGGAUCAUCCCUCCACUCUGCCUAGUGCUCGGAAUUCCUCUGUAUCCCAAGAUUUCGGACCCAAUGUUCCUCGUGUUUGCUUUCAUCUUCAUCUCGUCACAGCUGAAGCACGUCCAGGAAGUCAUCUCCUAUGGGGACGAUUUCAUGACAGCUGUGUAUGAACUGAGGGUGUGGAUGAUGAAGUCAGGGUCGUGCCACUUUUACGCCAUUCUGAAUGCAGUUUCUUACAGGCUCGGCCUCCUCCAGGCUAACUUCACCCUAACCAACAAAGCAGUUGAUGAGGAUGAGGUGAAGCGCUACGAGGUGGGCAUAUACGAUUUCCAGAUAUCCCCACUCAUGCUCACGCCCAUGUGCAGCCUCUACUUGCUCAACUUGCUGUGCUGUGUCAUUGGGGCUGCCAAACUGGCACGUGCGUGGGACGAACUUUUAGCACAGGCCGUGCUUGCCUUGUUUGGGGUGGUCGUGAAUUGGUACUUUCUGCAGGGUAUGUUUUUCAGGCUGGAUAGUGGCCGGGUUUCGACCUUUGUGACUUUGAUUUCUGUGGUGCUGGCGUCUGUCGUGUUGGGGGUUGGGUUUCUUGUUAGGCCUUACUGA